CAGUUCGGCAUGUGCUGGCAGCGGGGCUUCCCAGGGUGGGGGUAUGUACGCUUCCCCCCCCUCACUGCCUACCUGCCUGCUCCCCGACAGCCGUUUUGGCUCCGUCUGCCGAGGGGCAUGGGCACCGCGGGCCAUGGCGGCCGUGCCGCUGCUGCUGCCGGGCGCAGCGGCAGCCGCGGCGGCGGCCGUCGCCGCCAAGCACUGCUGCAGCUGGAUCGCGCACCGCGCUCGCCGGGCGGCGCACCACCCAGCGGUGCUCUGCCCUGCGCCGGCGGCGGAGGGCGGCGGCCACAGCCGCGCACCGUCCGCCCAGGGCCCACCGCCGCAGGGCGAGGGCCCGCCGGGACAGAGGUGCGGCGGCGCCGCGGGGGCGUGCCCCCAGGCAGGCGCGCCGGCGCCGGCGCAGGCUGCGGGUGCGUCGAGCCCGUCGGAGAAGAGCGCCUCUGCUCCAGGAGGGUCCGCAGGAGAAGGAGGCUCCCAUACUGACGCAGAGCCGCCAGCGCAGCGACCUGCCGUGGAGGCCCCCGUCGCCGCGGAGCUGCCAGAGCAGCGGUUGGCCGCCUCCCCACCGGCAGGCGGCCUCGCAGCAGAGGCGGGCACCCUCGCGGGCGAGGCAGCGCCAGCUCGGCUCGCCGCUGGCAGCCCGCCGGGGCGGCGCGGCGCCUCAGCUCCCGCGGCGGCUGCUGGGCCGACGCCGGCCGGCAGCUCCGCUGGGUGGCAAGCGGCCGCUCCGGCGGUCGGCGGGGCCGCUGCGGCAGGCUUAGUGGCCCUGCUGCAGGACUUGGACUUCGAGGGGGCCGGCGCGCGAGCCGCGCUCGCGGGUGCGCCAGCAGAGUGCGAGGUGGUGAGCAGUCUGCCGGCGGCGUCGCCGCCCUUGCAAAAGCGGCGGCGACUGGACCCCGUGCUGCGCGACAGGCAGGCGCUGCUGGUCCAGAGUCUGGGAAGUCGCGGCUACAACCUGAGAUCGCGACCGCCGCCCGCCGCCGACCCCUCUGCCGGGCCCGCCGCCCGCGACGGGCGCGGGGCCGCCGCGCGCAGGCCGAGGCUGUCUCUGGCGCCGCGCAGGCCUGCUCGCCCAGCGCGAGUUGUCCGGGCAGGGCGCGCACGGCCCGCUGCGACGGGCGCCGGCUCCAGAGGUGCAGCGCCUGGCCCAGCAGGCGCGGCUGGCGGAUGCAGAGGUGCAGGCACAGGAGGAGGCGAAGCAGCACCCGGAGGAGCGGACCCGGGAACGGGCUCGUGCCUGGGCGACGCCCUGGCGGAGCAGGGGUGUGCAGCCGGCCACCGCGCGGCAGCCCCGAGCGCGGGCGGCUCGCCCCGAUGCCCGCCGCUGGGGCCGCGCGAGCGGCUGCAGGACGAGCACAUCACCUUCGCCAUGCGCGAGCUGCCGGAGCCUCCAGCGCACGUGUGGGCGGCCACCCCGGCGCAGGUGGCCAGGGGAGCCGAGGACAGCGCCGAUGCGCACGCAGAGCGCGACGGCUCCCUGCGGAGGCAUUGGGACAACGACGCCGCCACGGUGCUCGUGCUUCCGGUGACGUCGGAGUCCUCGGCGGGCUCCCUCGCGGACGCUGGGGGCCACUGGUCGCUGCUGGUGGUCCGCCGCGUGCCCGGCAGCCAGCACGGCCGCUUCGACGCCGAGCUGUUGGACAGCCUGGCCGCCACACCCGCAGGCGCGGUGCAGCUCUCGCGGCGGCUCCUGCGGUGCCUCUCUGCCUCCCGGCGCUGGCGGGGCCUCCCGCGCAGGCCCCGGCUCCGGCCGCUGGACCUCCAGCUGGACGGCUUCCAGUGCGGCUGCUUCUGCCUGCUCCUCAUGCGCCAGGUUCUGGAUCGGGAGCGCCGCGGCCCGGCCGCCGCGGAGGUCACGGCGGAGGAGGCCCAUAAGCUGCGGCAGCGCCUCCGCGGCCUGGCGCUGGCGCCGCCGCGCGCGCCCAGGGGCGGUGCGUGACGCCGCCACCGUGAGCCCAGGGCCGCCAAUCCGCAACUCGGAGCUCGGCUACGCGCAGGGGUGACCCUUCGCCGGAGUGACCUCUGGUGCGGGCCCGCCUGGGGCUCCCCGAUCGCCACAUGCGAUGCGAGAGCAGCGGCUUGGGCGCUGGGGUUUAGCCCCCCGCGCCCCGCAGAAGCCAGGCUCUUACCUGGGGUCCCUCUGGCGUGUCUCGGACGGGCUCGCGCCCUCAGCCGCCCAGCCCACCGCCCUGCGCCCACCGCCCUCCGAGUGCAUGCGGCGCUUGGCCGAGACCUGCGGUGAACGACCGAGAGGCUCACCCACCUCCCCGCAGGCCACCCUGGGGGCCAGAGGAGGAGGAGGAGGCCGUGCUCGCGGUGGAGCCAGGCCCC